CGAGAGCAGUAACGAUGUCCGGAAGAGGAAAAGGCGGCAAAGGUCUUGGAAAAGGAGGCGCUAAGCGUCACCGCAAAGUUCUCCGUGAUAACAUCCAGGGUAUUACUAAACCCGCCAUCCGCCGUUUGGCUCGCCGUGGCGGUGUGAAGCGUAUUUCCGGCUUGAUCUACGAGGAGACCCGCGGUGUGCUCAAGGUUUUCCUUGAGAACGUCAUCCGUGAUGCCGUCACCUACACCGAGCACGCCAAGAGAAAGACCGUCACCGCAAUGGACGUGGUGUACGCUCUGAAACGCCAGGGACGCACCCUGUACGGAUUCGGGGGUUAAACGUUCAGACCUCCACGCUAACACAACGGCUCUUUUAAGAGCCACCCAUAUUUUCUGCAAAAGAGAAAUUCCUUCUUGUUUAUUAUUAUUAUUAGUGUUUAGUAAUAGCACGUUCAC